AUGGCAUCUCAACAGCAGCAGCAGCCUGCCGAGCAGCUGCCAGUCACCCUCCAGCAGCUCAACCUCGUCCACGCAAAAGUGCUCGAGGCAAACCCGGUCUACACCUUUCUCCUCAGCGACCUGACGCUCACCUCGGUCGCACCGGGCGUCGUCACGGCCGAGCUGCCCGUCACCCGCAACCUCAUGAACUCGCACAACAUCCUCCACGGCUGCACCUCGGCCACCAUCAUUGACUGGAUCGGCGGCAUCGUCAUCGCUUCCACCUCGCCGGACCGCUUCCAAAAGAGGGGCGUCUCGGUCGACAUCCACGUCACCUACGUCGGCGCCGCAAAAGAGGGUGAGACGCUCCUCAUCAAGGGCACCGCACAAAAGGUCGGCUCCCGCCUCGCCUUUAUCAAUGUCGAGGUCAAAGCAAGGAAGCCCGGGUCCACCGACGAGAGGGUCGUCGUCACGGGCAGCCACACAAAGUUUGUCGGGUAG